UCCCAAAAGAAAGUGAUUAUUCAUUCACAAGUCUCACAAAACCUCAAAACUACAGACUUUAAAGCGCACACUCUCUGCAUUCCGCCUCUUCAAUCGCCCCUACCGUCUUCCCCUCUUCUGAUCAUUAUGUCUCGAAGAUAUGAUAGCCGUACAACAAUCUUCUCUCCCGAAGGACGUCUUCACCAAGUGGAGUAUGCAAUGGAAGCUAUUGGAAAUGCCGGCUCUGCAAUAGGAAUCUUGGCAAAAGAUGGGGUUGUUCUAGUUGGUGAAAAGAAGGUGACAUCCAAGCUGCUGCAAACCUCAACUUCAACUGAGAAAAUGUACAAAAUCGAUGAUCACGUUGCAUGUGCUGUUGCCGGGAUUAUGUCUGAUGCCAACAUCCUAAUCAAUACUGCUAGAAUCCAAGCACAGCGUUACUCAUUUGCUUACCAAGAGCCAAUGCCUGUUGAGCAGUUGGUUCAAUCUCUUUGUGAUACCAAGCAAGGUUACACACAAUUUGGUGGUCUCCGUCCGUUUGGAGUCUCUUUCCUAUUUGCAGGAUGGGACAAAAAUUACGGCCUUCAACUUUACAUGAGUGAUCCUAGUGGAAAUUAUGGUGGUUGGAAAGCCGGUGCUAUUGGUGCCAACAACCAGGCAGCACAGUCAAUUCUAAAACAGGACUACAAGGAUGAUAUCACAAGGGAAGAAGCGGUUCAACUUGCACUAAAGGUACUGAGUAAAACUAUGGACAGUACUAGUCUUACCUCGGAGAAGCUUGAACUUGCAGAAGUUUUUCUUUCACCCUCUGGAAAAGUCAAGUAUCAAGUUUGUUCCCCAGAGAAUUUGACUAAGCUGUUGGUGAAGUCUGGGGUGACCCAACCAGCAACAGACACUGCUUAGCUUGCUGUUCCAUGUCACGGGUAAUUUAUUUAUGCACCUUUCUAACAAGUGAAACUGUUCCAAAUUUAUGUGUUUUAAAAUUGUAAACUUCACAUAUCUUGGUGAUGUGAAAUUGCUGAUGGCUUUUUUAUAUUGUACGUAUAUGCUUAUUUGUUUUUAAGGGCAUAGAUCUAUGAUAUCUACUUCUGUUUAUCUUGUUUUCUUUUCUCUGUUAUCUAUACGACGAACCAGGUUAUGGAUAGAAAUGCUUGUUAGUAUUGGCGGUGUCUAUAACUUAUAACAAUUAUCUCUCACUGCUAUUACUAUAAAAUAAAGACCAUCUUGUUUCA